AACGCGAGGGGAGGAACAACAUAAACACCUUCUUGUAAUGGCUCUACGGACCAAUUCCAGAUUAAGUGACGUUGAUGAGUAUGGGUUUGAGCGACCUCCAGACUUUAACUACCAAAACUACGAAGAAUUUAUGUCAAGAUAUCUGUCCGUCUUGACACGUCGCGCGAGAAAAUGGUCCCACCUCCUGGGAGCGAAGGAAACUGUUGGACGAGGAAUAAAAGUGAAGCGAUACGUCAGAAAGGGGAUUCCCAUGAAGCAUAGAGGAAAGAUGUGGAUGGAAGUUAGCGGCAGCAGGAGAAAGAUGGAGGCCCACCCAGGCUAUUACAAAAGUUUGCUCGAAGGAAGUUUUGACGAGGAGGUGGUAGAGUCCAUUAAACUUGAUGUCCCACGCACCUUCCCCGAUAAUAUUUAUUUCCGAGAUUACAACGAGGGGAAGCUGACAGACUUAUACAAUGUGCUUGUUGCUUUUGCUCACCACAAUAAGAAGAUUGGAUACUGCCAAGGCCUUAACUACAUUGCUGGCCUUCUACUGAUCAUUGCCAAAGACGAGGAAAGCACAUUCUGGCUCCUGAAUGCUCUGGUCGAAGAUCUGUUGCCUCAGUAUUAUACUCCCGAUAUGAUUGGUGUUCUCACAGACAUCAAAGUGUUGGAAUCUCUUGUAAAAGAGAGAGCCCAUCUCGUUUGGAGGCACAUCAAACACUAUGAGCUGACUUGGGGCCUCCUCACCACGAAAUGGUUCAUCUGCCUUUUUGCCGAAGUCUUACCUAUUGAGACAGUGUUACGAAUCUGGGAUUGCUUGUUUUAUGAAGGCAACAAGAUCUUGAUGCGUGUGGCCAUUACUCUCGUCUUGUCGAAUGAGCAGAAGAUUCUCAUGAGCCAAGAUUUUGGGGACAUCAUAGAAUGCUUUAAGAAGAUCACUAAAGACGCUGAUGCCAUUGACUGUCAUACGUUUAUGGAAAAUGUUUUCAAAGUAUCUGGAUCCUUCCCCCGCGCACGCUUGGCCAAGUUGCGGGAUGAGUGUAAGGAGGAGGUAAUGGCAGAAAUGAAGAAAUAAGUGUCCGAAAUAAAUCACUGAAAAAAACAGAAGGUUGACAUGACUGGAAACGGAGAUGAGCAGUGAUACGUCAGUCACUCUGUCUUGUAGAUGGACAAGAACUGGAAACCUCUUGUGGUUUGUAUUGUGUUCCAGCCUCCUGUAAGUGGUAUGUAAUGAUUGCAAAACCCAUGGGAAAGGGAUACAUUUGCCGUUGGUUUGUGGAUAGCGUUUUUCCAGUGAUUUAAUUUUAGAAGCUUUAUUCCAGACUGUGAUGUUUUGGUCAUUCCGGCAUAAAUUGCUACAUUUAAUUUACUUAACAUACUGAAGAUUUUUGUGAUAUGUAAUAGCUGUAUGUUAUAAAGCUUUAAUUACACUGCCACCUACCUAUAGUGUAUAAGAAAGCAGGUGAGAAGUAUAAGAGACUUAUGGUCUUGUCUUCUUACAUGUAGCAGGGCAGUUUAAGUUACAGUUACUGUAACACUUAUUGAAAAUAUAGUCAUUAUUAUCAGUGAAAGCAUAUUUAACUGUAGUUGUUGGGGUUAUAUUAACAUAAGUACUUUAACCUGUUGAUCAUUUUGGAUAUUUAUACAUAGUAAGUUAUAUGCAGGUCAAUCCAGGUCGUACUUGGUGAGUCUAGAAAUAAUACAGUUCUUGGUCGUCCUGGUCGUUUGCAUUUACCAUUGUCAUAACUUCUUUGGAAUUUUCCUGUGGAAGAAAACUUUUGAUGUAGAAAUGAAACCUUUUGUACAAAGCAUGGAUUUGGUUGUGGAUUUUAAUUGAUGAUUAGGGAAGACAUGUAUAAUGUGCUAUGAGGAAAUUAUAAAUGUUUUUUUUAGAAGCUGUGUUAUGGGUCAUUUGGAUAGUAAGGGAUUAAAUGGAUUUCUUUUUAAAUUAACCUGAAUUUUUGCAUUUGGUGACCGAUGAAUAAUCUUGCAAGAAAAUGUAAUAGUUAAAUUUUUAUCCUCCAGAUUCCUAAUGUACAAGUUUGUUUCACAAAGUGACUUUCAGUCAGGUUGAAAAAUUUCCUUAUGCUUAAAAUUUUUAUUUUUGGUUCUGUUUGCUCAAAUAUGUUGUUUCUUACACACAAACUUGCAUGCAUAUGUGCACAUAAUGAUAUGCCCACAGAAGAAUAUUCACAGGAGCAUGUAUGUCACAUUUCUUUUUGCCUGUUUUGUCUUUUGUGGUAAAUUAGUACAAGUUUCCUUUACAGACUUGCUCCAAAGUCUGUUGGAUUUUUUGGAUGAAAUUCUGUAUUGAUUGAUGAUUGUAUUGCAAAGCUUAUGGAGUUUUGCAGAGGGUAGAGAAUUUCUGAGAUAUUUUUUUUAGAUGUACACCUAGUACUCUUUCUUUCUUCCCUCUUUCUUCUUCUUCUUCUUCUCCUUUCUCUCAUUUUUAAAAGCUAAAUUGUUAUAUCAUGUAUCUAAACCACUUCCAUACUGACAGUGAGAUUAGAAUGAGAUUUUAUUGGUCACUCUUCUGUGAUUUGGUUGCCGUGAUUUGAUGCGAUGGGAUUUAAGGGGCCUGAAGAGAGCAAGGACUGUCGUCGUCUUUCCUUGUGUGUUGCGGCUGCGGAAGAGUACUCCAGAAUGCAUACAACUGCCGGCAGGAAGGCAGGAGAGAUAAUGCUUCUUUUAUCAUUGUUUUUGUGGCUGUUGUUAUCUAGAGCAUCAUUACUUCGGAUUGUUCUUUGUAUUUAUUUGAUUUUAUUCUUUUAAUGUGAUAAAAAGAGGAGUGACAAUAGUAAUAUUACCAGGGAUUUAGGACUUUUUUAUUUAUGGAAUAGCAUUUGUCUGUGGCUAAUGCAACAUUGUUUCUCAAUUCUUAAUAUUUUAUGCUUUUUGGUGCCUGUUUUACAUUUUAGGUUUUGUAAAAGGAUUUCUCUUUAGUGAUAUUCCGUGCUAGAAAUUGCAUCGGCUUAAUUGUUAUUUAUUAUUGAUUUAUCGUGAAUUUCAGUUUGUAUUUUCAAUUAUUUGAUAAUUUCAGUUAACUUAUUAUCUUAUUAUGGUUUCUCACAAAUAUUUAUUUAUCAUUUUCAAUGAACUUAUUCUAUUAUUCAGUCACUUCAUUUAACUUAUUAUCUUUGCUCAUCGUUUCUUUUGCUGAAGGUUAAAAGGUCUUAUGAUAUUCAGGCAGUCAUUAGGAAAAAGAAAAAAAAUGGAUUCCUUUAACUUUAGCGAGCGAAUGGCAAAAGGAGAUUUUAUGGCUGUUAACUUACCAAAGGAAAGUAAAGAUUCCCAAUAAGACCCUUUACUUAAAAAUUUCCAUGCUUAUGGUACUGAAAACUGUCGCUUUUCCUGUCUUUUGUGUACUUAUACUAAAUGAACAAUGGUAUUUGUGUGUGUUUUGUGCUUCCAUUAGGAUCUUACAGGAAUGGGGCAAGACUAGACAAUAGAUACAAUGAUGCACAAUGAGAUUAUUUUGAUAGUAAACAAUCCUUAUCUAUCUUUUGAUAACUAUAGAACUUUUCAUCGCAGUGCUUUAUUCUUGAUUUUUUUUCACAAAUUUGCAAAAGAAUUUAAAAUGUAAAGAUAUUAACUUUAAGUUAUUUAUAUUCUCAUCUUAUGAAUUACAGUUCAUAUAGACAGAAUACACAUAUUUUAGUUUCCUGUAGUUAUAAAGAAUAAAACUGUAGUAAUAUUUUUUUUUUUUCUCUCAGUAUUUGACUCUUAAAAAAUACGAAAGGAUAACUGCAUAGUUUGGUCCAUUACCUAUAAAGUUUUAGCAUUAUUUGCACAUUUAAAUAUUAGUCAUGAAGCACUAUAAACAAAUCAAGUGGAGUAUUAUGCUUGAUUAAAUCUUGCUUACUCUAACAGGUUUCCUUGCUAGAAGGUCUGAUACUUAAUGUGCAUGACUUUUUAAUACAUCAGUACGAUUGAGUUUCCAUUCUUCCCAGCAUAGAUGUAUUCCAAGCUUAUUCCCUUCCAGGUGGGCUAAAAGUAGUUGUGCAACACCCUCAGGCAAUCCGAUUUUUCGAUAAUUACAAAAACAUAAUGAAGUGAAUUAAUUUAUUACUGGUGUGUGGGUUGGCAACUGGAAGAGGGAGUUACCAUAUGAUAUUUUGGGGUCACAUAUGAUAUUACAAGACCCAUCUGUGAGGAGUUAAUGGGCAGUAGAUAUUAUCCAUUUAUUCUACUGAAACUCCUAUAAGCAGAUGAGAUAGAGAAUAUUACCUCCCUUGAUAGGGUCUUACCUUGUUCAUGGAUAAUAUCUUUGCAUUCAUGCUUAUUGAAGUUCAUUUGUUUUUUGCAUCACAGUUUCUUGAAUUAAAAACCACUGCUGGGGUAGGACACUGAUUUAUGACUGCCUCUCAUUUUCAUUUAUAAUUGAUAUGAUGUUUAUUUUUAAUCGCCCCUUUUAUCUCUGAAAAUAUAUACUAUUUCCUCAGUAUAUGUAUAUGAUUCUUUUCUCACACACAAUAUGACAUAUAACUCUUCUCACUUGACUAAUAUUGCAUUCCAAGAUUAUGUGCACCUAUCUCAACUCAUUUAACAUUCCAUAGAUAAUAUUUCUAAUUUGUUUGGAGUUUAUGUAUCUCCGUUUGGCUUGUCUUGCAGUCGCAAUGUAUCUUGACUCAAUACUUUUGUUAAAUUUAUGGUCAUGAAAAAUGGCAGUUUUAAAUAUAAUCAAGGGGGAAGCAUAAUAGAGUGCAGAGUGAUUUUUUAGAUGGUAGACAAGGUGCAGAAAUGAAGAAAUUCAUGUUUCUGUUUCUGUAUAAAGUUUUAUAAGGUUCUUCUUUCCAGCAUAGUUUAUGAAGCCUAUGACUGGUUUGAUUGUGCUGAUUGUGCACAAUGCAUGCUUGUAAUUUUUCAUAUUGCCUGGAUAGUGAUGUAUACUAUGUACAGGAUAGGCUUCCUUCUUUUACUUAUGAAUCUGUAAAAUUCGAUAGUUAUACUAUUGAUUUUCAUCCUACACACAUAUAGACACAUAAGCACACUCACAGACACAAGCACACCAACCCACCACACACACACAUACAUACCCAGAUACCCACAUAUUCACAUGAACAUGCACACAUACUCACAUGAACAU